UUAGUUCAUUAUCAGAGGUGUUAGUGUGCGCUUCCAUAAAUUUCCGGCAGUAAUUGUCAAAAUUUUAAAUAUUAUUCAUUUAAAAAAUUAGGAUAAUUUCAUGAACAUUAACAUAUUUUAUAUAUAUAUAAAUUUUAAAUUCAUAAGUUUUCUUGUUCAUCAAUAUCAUGAUGUUAAAACAAAGAUAUAGUUUAAAAGAAAAAAUAUUUCUUGGUAUUUUAUUAUUCACACUAUUUAAUCAAGGUUCCUGUUUAAAAUGUUAUGUUUGUAGUAUUGACGAGACAGGAAAUUGUAAGGAAACAAAGGAAGUAUGUGCAGUUCCAUCAACAACAAUGGAACCAAGUACUACAACCACGGAACCAACUACAACGGAACAAAGUACUACAACAACGGAACCAACUACCACUACUACGGAACCCACUACUACAACAACUGAACCAACUACAACAACCACGGAACCAACUACAACUACAACGGAACCAAGUACUACAACAACGGAGCCAACGACAACUACAACGGAACCAAGUACUACAACAACGGAACCAACUACCACUACUACGGAACCAAGUACUACAACCACGGAACCAACUACAACUACAACGGAACCAAGUACUACAACAGCGGAACCAACUACAACUACAACCGAAGCAAGUACUACAAUCACGGAACCAACUACAACUACAACGGAAACAACUACCACUACUAUGGAACCAACUACAACUACAACCGAACCAAGUACAACUACAACCGAAGCAAGUACUACAACCACGGAACCAACUACAACUACAACGGAACAAAGUACUACAACAACGGAACCAACUACCACUACUACGGAACCCACUACUACAACAAGUGAACCAACUACAACAACCACGGAACCAACUACAACUACAACGGAACCAAGUACUACAACAACGGAGCCAACGACAACUACAACGGAACCAAGUACUACAACAACGGAACCAACUACCACUACUACGGAACCAAGUACUACAACCACGGAACCAACUACAACUACAACGGAACCAAGUACUACAACAGCGGAACCAACUACAACUACAACCGAAGCAAGUACUACAACCACGGAACCAACUACAACGGAACAAAGUACUACAACAACGGAACCAACUACCACUACUACGGAACCCACUACUACAACAAGUGAACCAACUACAACAACCACGGAACCAACUACAACGGAACCAAGUACUACAACAACGGAGCCAACGACAACUACAACGGAACCAAGUACUACAACAACGGAACCAACUACCACUACUACCGAACCAAGUACUACAACCACGGAACCAACUACAACUACAACGGAACCAAGUACUACAACAGCGGAACCAACUACAACUACAACCGAAGCAAGUACUACAACCACGGAACCAACUACAACUACAACGGAACCAACUACAACUACAACGGAACCAAGUACUACAACAGCGGAACCAACUACAACUACAACCGAAGCAAGUACUACAACCACGGAACCAACUACAACUACUACCGAACCAAGUACUACAACAACAGAACCAACUACCACUACUACGGAACCAAGUACUACAACAACGGAACCAACUACCACUACUACGGAACCAAGUACUACAACAACGGAAGCAACUACAACUACAACGGAACCAAGUACUACAACAACGGAACCAACUACAACAACUUUAGAACCAAGUACUACAACAACGGAACCAACUACAACAACUUUAGAACCAAGUACAACAACUGAACCAACUACCACUACUACGGAACCAAGUACAACUACAACCGAACCAAGUACUACAACAACUUUAGAACCAACUACAACAACCACGGAACCAACUACAACUACAACGGAACCAAGUACUACAACAACGGAGCCAACGACAACUACAACGGAACCAAGUACUACAACAACGGAACCAACUACCACUACUACGGAACCAAGUACUACAACCACGGAACCAACUACAACUACAACGGAACCAAGUACUACAACAACGGAACCAACUACCACUACUACGGAACCAAGUACAACUACAACCGAACCAAGUACUACAACAACUUUAGAACCAACUACAACAACCACGGAACCAACUACAACUACAACGGAACCAAGUACUACAACAACGGAGCCAACGACAACUACAACGGAACCAAGUACUACAACAACGGAACCAACUACCACUACUACGGAACCAACUACAACUACAACGGAACCAAGUACUACAACAGCGGAACCAACUACAACUACAACCGAAGCUAGUACUACAACCACGGAACCAACUACAACUACAACUACAACGGAACCAUCUACAACUACAACGGAACCAAGUACUACAACAGCGGAACCAACUACAACUACAAGCGAAUCAAGUACUACAACCACGGAACAAACUACAACUACUACGGAACCCACUACUACAACAACUGAACCAAGUACUACAACAACGGAACCAACUACAACAACGGAACCAACUACAACAACAUUAGAACCAAGUACAACAACAUUAGAACCAAGUACAACAACUAAACCAACUACCAUUACUACGGAACCCACUACUACAACAACGGAACCAAGUACUACAACAACGGAACCAACUACAACAACUUUAGAACCAAGUACUACAACAACUUUAGAACCAACUACAACAACCACGGAACCAAGUACUACAACAACGGAGCCAACGACAACUACAACGGAACCAAGUACUACAACAACGGAACCAACUACCACUACUACGGAACCAAGUACUACAACAACGGAGCCAACUACAACUACAACGGAAACAACUACCACUACUACGGAACCAACUACAACUACAACCGAACCAAGUACUACAACAACUUUAGAACCAACUACAACAACCACGGAACCAACUACAACUACAACGGAACCAAGUACUACAACAACGGAACCAACUACCACUACUACGGAACCAAGUACAACAACAACUGAACCAAGUAUUACUACUACUGCUAUGAACCGUCAAAGUAGUUUUGUUCGAUCCAUAUUUCGGGCAAAGGAUGGUUUUGCCUGUUACACAAUUUAUGACAACAAUAAGAAAGUUAUAAAAAAAGGAUGUGCCCAAGAAACGGAACCACCAAAAUGUAACGAGUCAAAUAAAGAUUUCUGUAAGCAAUGUGACGAAGAUGGAUGCAAUUCCUCUGAAACUGUAAUGAAGAUUAGUUUAAUAUCAAUUCUAGUCCCACUUUUGUUUAUAGUUAUUUAAUAUUAAUUGUAGGUAGAAUAGAAAUAAUUAUAUUUACAUUAAAUAAAUAUUUUUUUUAAGAAAACACUUUCUACAACGAAAUAAUAAAAAGAACAAAAAAAAAAUAGUAAAAGCAUAUGAAAAAACACCAACUCUUGGGCUUGGCAGAAAAUACUAUGGGUUAAUUGUCGAGGUGUUAAUCAUUAACGGCAUUAGAAGCACAGUAUUGUCAAAAAUAAAAAAAAUUGUCAUAUUAAUUAAUUCAUUAUACAUGUGUAGCAUAUGUUCUGAUAUAAAACGCAAAUUGAUAAUUAUAUUCAAAUUUCUAACUCUGGCGGGAAUCGAACACCUUAAUCUCUAACGUACUGAAGUUCGAUUCACUAACCACUAUUCUACACGCUGACAUGUGAAUGUAAAAGGAAAUACAUUUUGAUAAGCUAUGCCUGAGAAAACUGAAAAUGUAUAUAUGCCAAAGUAAUGUAAAUAAACAAUGUAUUAAUUACGUAUUAAUAAUUAAUAACACAAAAUAAAAAAAUUUAAUUUUUUAAAAACCUAUUAACAAUAUUAUUAAUAUAAUAUUAUUCAUUACCGCAUUACCGCUUAUAAAAAAUUAAAUUUUUACUAAAAUUCAUAAAGAAAUUAAAUCUAUAAAAAUUGUUUAAUAACUUAUAUAAGACAAAAAUAUUCUUCAAAUACGUGAACAUUAUUUCUGAAUACAAUAAUUGCGUGACAAAAAAAAAAGUUUAUGUAAAUUCACAAGAUAUUUUGCGAAUUUUUAACCUAUAGGUAACUUGAAAUUUUAAAGAAUUUUUUUUUAAUUAACAAGUCCCCAGAACAAAACAUGCUGCGUAUCUAAAAUUUAAGAGUCUUGAACUCAACACUAAAAAAAUUCAUGUUUCACCAGAUUCUAAAGAACGUUUGAAAAAUAUUAAAUGUUGAUUAGACGUCCACGUGUCAUAGUAAACUUUCUAUAAGGAUUCGGUGAUCAAAAUGACUGCAUGUUCAUGUAUAGCUUUAUUAUUACUUAUCAUAUAAAUUAUGUAUUUAUUGCUAAAUAAAUUUAAUAUUUGAUUCAUUUAAGUCAA